AUGGCGGACAGCGAGCUCGCUCCUAAGUUCGCCCCGUUCUUCUCCUUUGCCGGCAUUGCUGCUGCAAUGGUCUUCGGAUCGGCAGGAGCAGCUUACGGCACAGCGAAGUCGGGAAUUGGUAUUGCAGGUGUUGGCACAUUCCGAUCUGACUUGAUCAUGAAGUCUCUCAUCCCCGUUGUCAUGUCCGGUAUCAUUGCAGUCUAUGGUCUUGUCGUCGCCGUCCUUAUCUCGCAAGCACUGAGCCCGUCAAACAACCUGAGCUUAUACACUUCGUUUAUGCAUCUCGCAGCUGGCCUGUCGGUCGGAUUGACCGGUAUCGCGGCCGGCUACACGAUUGGAAUUGUUGGUGAUGCAGGUGUUCGGGCUUACAUGCAACAAUCCCGUGUCUACGUGGGCAUGAUCUUGAUUCUUAUUUUCGGCGAAGUUCUUGGUCUUUAUGGUUUGAUUGUUGGUCUCAUCCUGAACUCGAAGUCUUGA